AUGUUUGAGGUUGCUCCUCCCACGAAAAAGUGGAACUACUGUCUAUACAACAAUCGUGGUCUACCUGAUAAUUAUGUAGAUUCAGAUUUCUUGUCUGGAUUAAAAGAAAACCUGUUUCUACCCAAACUUCGAGCACGUGAUGUUAUAAUCGCUGCUGGCAGCAUUUAUCAACAACUCUGUUGUUUGUCUUUGUUUGUAAUUAUCUACUUUUAUCUACUGUUUGGCUGGAUUUCUCCACAGUAUCUCAAUCUUUACCUCUUCUUGUUUAUAACUAUUGGAUAUGCCUUGUUUUGGUCAAUGAAAGAGGAAAAUGAAAGACAAUUUCAUAAAGUCAUACCUGAAAUCAAGUCGGGCAUUGUAUUUUUUACAUUUUGCUUUCUGCUUGCUCCUGUUCUGCACUCUCUCCUAUCGAGCGUAAGCACGGACUCUAUAUACGCCAUGUGUACUUUUUUUCUUCUUGUGUAUUGGACAUGUUUUGAUUAUAAGACUCAUUGGAAAGGUCAUCCUCGAAAGCCUGGGUCGAAUACUAUUUCUCUGAGUUCUGCUUUGUUAGCUGCUCUCUGCUUGGCUAGUCGUUUACCUGACCCUUAUCAUACUUUUGCAUUGCUUUCCACUGCUGUCACUUUACUAGCAUUAUGGCCAGCAUUAACAAGAAGGUUUCGCAAUAAUGGAGGUGAUGGAGCACAAAUAUGCUUAACCAUAUUAUCUGGUUCUACAAUUCUUCUGAGUGCUUGGCCGAUAGUUUACAGUGAAGUAUCAUUCGAAUAUAGAUGCAUCUUCCUUUGCGCACUCAUAACAUCUACUCUGUGUAUUAAUUUUGUUGGACCGUGCUACUUAUUAAGAAUGCAAAAAAUUAAAAGGACUAUCCAUGGACCGUGGGAUGAAGCUGUCAUAGAAUAA